GUUAUUUUUGAUUGGUUACAAGAUAAAAUAUAAGUUAGUUUUGAUUGGUUACAAAAAGCUUGUAACUCUAUAAUUUGGGCAUUCAACUGAAAAAAAAAGUUGUAUAUCAUAAAAAGGUUGUAUGGUAUAAAAUAAGUUAAAUUGUAUGGCAGCAGAAAACGGUUUAGUCCCUAGUGAAGAUGGAAAGAAAAUGAAUUGUAGCUUUUGCAACUGUUUGUUGCCUUCUACUGCAAAAAAUUUUAUCAAUGCACAUAUUAGUGGAAAAAAACAUAUUUACAAUGUUCAAAAUCAACAAAAUAAAAAAAAUAAAAUAAAAAGAAGUAUUUACGUGAAAGGGUUCGAUCCACUCAUACCAUGUUUAGAGAAAGAGCUGAAAAAUUUUUUCAAAGCACUCCAGUGUGAAGUAAAUGAUAUUUAUGUUGAUAAAAACAUGGCAGCCUAUGCUAUUAUUGAGUUCACUGCCGAUGAGUUUGUUGAAAGGGUUAUGCAACAAGAAGAACAUUUAUUUAUGUUUUAUGGGAAACGAUUGAUAGUUCGCAGAAGAGAGGCGCAUUCAGAUAAUUAUCUAUUAUCUUCAAAAACUAAUUUAUCUAUAUAUUCAGAAGAAUUUUUUUCAGAGUUAAAUCAAUGCAUUAAUGUUGAUCAAAAAAUGGAAAUACUUUAUGCUCGUCUUCAGCUAACGCAAGAUGAUGUAGUAUUGCGACAACUCAUUUGUGAACUUUUGCAAAAUGUUAUGGAGGAGGUUUAUCCAAAAUGCAAGGUCAUGCAGUUUGGCUCAAGUGUAAAUGGUCUCGGAAUAAAAGGUUGUGAUAUUGAUUUAACUCUUUUAAUUGAACCAGAUAGUCGAGAUGAAAAAGAUAUCAUGAAUGAAGUUCGAGAAAUUAUUCAGAGGUUUGCACCAGGAUGCAAAAAUGUUUCUCUCGUUGAAUCUUCAAAAAACUGUACUAUUGUAAAAUUUCUACAUUCAGAAUCUUCACUGAGUAUUGAUUUAAGUUUGAAUAACAGGUUAGCUAUAGCCAAUACAGAACUUUUAACAACAUACAUUAAUGCUGACAAAAGAGUUGCUUUAUUGUUGUUUACUGUUAGAGCUUGGAGUCAACAAAAUAACCUUUCAGGUCGAAGUGGUUUACAGCUAUCAAAUUAUGCUCUUACUUUGAUGGUGGUACAUUUUCUGCAGCAUACUACUCCUCCUGUAUUGUCUUGUUUGCAGGAUUGCUGUGUUUUGGAAGAUGAUAUUAUCUAUGGUUGGAAUUGUUCAUUUUGCAAAAUAUGCAAGAUGAAAGCUAGUGAAAAUCAAAGAACAGCUGGUGAGCUGUUAAAGGAUUUCUUUGAAUAUUACAAAAACUUUGAUUACAGUAGACUUGCAAUAGUUAUUCAUUCAUCAAAGUUUGCUUUAAAGGAAGAAAUUCUAGAAUCAUAUCACAACUCAGUAAACACAAAUUGUGCAAUACUUGUGCAAGACCCAUUCAAGCGUUCACAUAAUGUUGCACAAAAUGUGUCACUUGCUGGUAAAGAAUUGUUUGUGCACAUGUUUACUCUUGCUGGAAAUUAUUUGCCAUAUUAUUUUAACAAACUAUUUCAAAAAACUGAAAUCAAACACAAGAAACGUAAACAGAAAAAUUACCAUCGCUAUUCAGUUUUUUUACCUAAUUGUAAACAUACAUCAAAGGAUAGUUUGCUGUGCUGCGAAGAGUUUGUUUUGAACUUGUUAAAAGAAGAGUUUAAAUUGUUUGUUGAAAAUAAGAAAAAGGUUGUGGUUCAAAAUAAAACUUUAAAAAAUGAUUUAGAGCAAGACAGGGGUAUCAAAAAAAAUGAGGGUUUCAUUAGGGCAGGAGAUUCAUUAAAACGUUUAUCUGAAGAUACAGAGAUUAGCUCUAAAAGAUGCGUUAUAGAAGAAAAUUUCUUUAGGAUAGUUGCUCAAAAGGAUACAUGGACAAAUAGAAGAAAGAAUCAAAGGGUUUUAAAAAAAAAAGAUCUUAUAGAACCAGAAGUACAACAAUCUGAUAUUGAACCAACUCAAUCAGAUAAGACUCUGUUAUUUGAUUUCUUGUUGCAUAUUGAAAAGGGAGAAUAUCCUGAUGUAAUUUGUAAAAUUAACAUCGAACCAUGUAAUAAUGAAAAUAACUUAUUACAAUUUCAAACAUUUUUCGCAGUGUUAAAAAAAUCAUUAUUAUCUGUGUUUCACUAAUAGUGUGUUUUUAUUUUUAAGUAGCUAAUUACCAUAGUUAUUUAUGGUUUCCUAUUAUAUUUUCAUAGUUAUCUAUGGUCAUUUCCACAAUAAUAAUAAACAAU